AUGUUGUUCAAAACGUCACCAUUGAUAACUCUGCUUUCUGCAGUUGCAUCAUUGGUUUUAGCGUCUAUUAAAAGCCAUACUCCACCUCAAAAAAAAGGGGCUACAAGAUCUAGUGGCGUGGGACCAACAUUCUAUAAUAAUACGCGGAGAGCGGCUCAUGAUCUUUCCUGGCGAAUUUCACCCCUUCGACUCCCAGUCCCAGGUCUUUGGCUCGACGUGUCAAAAAACAAAGAGGAAUCCUGGACACGUUAUCACCGACGGGAUAUGGAGCUUAGAUGGGGUUUUGACGUAGCAAGCCAAGCUGGCUUAUACCUCAUCGCUCGACCGGGACCGUACAUCAACGCAGAAACAACUGCUGGUGGAAUACCUGGGUGGGUUCUACGAGAAAAGGGGGUUAUUCCAUCCGACGAUCCUGAAUACCUGAAUGCAACAGCAAAUUACAUAUCGAUACUGGGCCGGAUCAUUGACAGGGGACAGAUCACAAAUGGUGGCCCAGUGAUCAUGGUUCAGCCAGAGAACAAGUACUCCACCUGGCUUGGAGUGACUGACUUCCCGACUGAGAUGAAUCGGAAUUAUAUGGUAUACGUUGAAGAGCAGCUGCUUGAUGAAGGUCUUACUGUUCCUUCAAUUGUGAAUGAUAACUUGGUUAUGGGAUACUUCGCGCCGGGGUCAGGGAAGGGCGCAGUCGAUAUCAACGCUAUUGAUGCGUACCCCUUGCGCUAUAAUUGCGCAAAUUUUACUGUUUUGCCUAAUUACAAGUUUCCAUAUGACUGGCAAGUCACGCACAGACGGCAGAGUCCAACGACGCCUUUUCGAUUGCUGAGUUCCAAGGAGGGUCUGAUGAAGGAUGGGGAGGGCUGGUCCAAGACAUGUGCGGCCGGUUGGUAA